AGUAAGGUAAUAGGAUGUGUUGAAGCUCAUUACAGAAAUGUUUUGCUGUUUACAAGAAAAAGGAGUCCCCUGUACUAAUGCUGCUACUGUAAACGUGACGAGCAAGAAACUGAACAAAGCCCUCGGACAGAACGAUCACGGGCUCAGCUUGAACCCAACCCUCCACCACUCCUCCAUCUGUGUUAAACACAAGGAACUGUUACAAUCGUCGAGACCCACACGUCGGAAGAGGCGCGCGCCAUCUGACAUCAACCCGCCAGUGCAGGUGGUACACCACCAGCCACCACCCUCACCGGUAGACGAGACUAACAUCAUGGACAAUCUGGAGCUGGAACUGGGUCAUUUGCCCCUUUUAACUCUGAGAAAGUGCAGGAAAUAUUUCAAACUCCAGAUCUCACAGGUAAAGACCGGUACAAACAGACAACAGCUUGCAGAGACCAUUAUCAAACAUUUUAGGAACAUGCCCGUAAAGGAGAAGGAGGUGAUAGACAAUUUUAUGAAAGCAGUUGCCAAGAGACGACGAGAAAACGAGGAUACCAAAGACAACAACAACAACAACAACAACGAGAGUUUCAGCUAGCACACACGAACACAUAGACAAACUCACAGCCUCUCAGCGAUCACGUGAUCAGUGUCACGUGAUUAGUGCGGCACGUGAUGUUUGACAGAUUUAUUUGUUAACAGCUUUCUAUUUCUCCCUCUCUCUCCUCCCUCUCCUCCCUCUGGUUGGAAUGUAUCACAUCUCAUUAGCUUGAGAAUUGAGUUGAGCUCAUCGAUUGGACCAGAAUAUUUAGGUGGUGUAACGGUGGGGACUGGGGAGGUACUCCACAUUUUCGCCACAAAAACUAAAGUGAUUCUUCCGAAACAUUACUAAAUUAGUAUUUUAUUAACAAGCAUUUUUAGAGCAAUGCCGCAAACAUUGGGCACUCCUGAUGCUCUGAUGAGCUAGAUUUCUUAUCCGAAAAUAUUGAUCACCUCCAUGCAAUUACCUGCUCCUAAUUGAUACAGAUGUCAUAAUUUCAUGAUUAAGUGAUAUCUAUGCCAAAUAAGUAUUCUGAAUUCAAGAUAAUUUUAGCGCAGCAGUGCCAAUAUUUAGAACUCUGUAUUAAGCUCCGUAGAUUUAAGAACGAUAUGAUAUGUACACAGUUACAGGAGCAACAUUACACCGGAUCAAUUCUGAAUUUAUCGCAGAUUUCUUCCCUUGAGGAUCGUUCACAUAUUUUUUACUCCCCCUCCGUAAACCACUUUACACAUAGUUGUUGUUUAGAAAGUGCACCCCUUUCCUAGGCAGGUCACGUGAUCUCUCAGUACACUAUACCCCUCUCCUAGGUAGGUCACGUGAUCUCUCAGUACACUAGACCCCUCUCCUAGGCAGGUCACGUGAUCUCUCAGUACACUAGACACCUCUCCUAGGCAGGUCACGUGAUCUCUCAGUACACUAGACCCCUCUCCUAGACUGGUCACGUGAUCUCUCAGUACACUAGACCUCUCUCCUAGGCAGGUCACGUGAUUUCUCAGUACACUAGACCCCUCUCCUAGGCAGGUCACGUGAUCUCUCAGUACACUAGACCUCUCUCCUAGGCAGGUCACGUGAUCUCUCAGUACACUACACCCCUCUCCUAGGCAGGUCACGUGAUCUCUCAGUACACUACACCCCUCUCCUAGGCAGGUCACGUGAUCUCUCAGUACACUAGACCCCUCUCCUAGGUAGGUCACGUGAUCUCUCAGUACACUAGACACCUCUCUCCUAGGCAGGUCACGUGAUCUCUCAGUACACUACACCCCUCUCCUAGGCAGGUCACGUGAUCUCUCAGUACACUACACCCCUCUCCUAGGCAGGUCACGUGAUCUCUCAGUACACUACACCCCUCUCCUAGGCAGGUCACGUGAUCUCUCAGUACACUAGACCCCUCUCCUAGGCAGGUCACGUGAUCUCUCAGUACACUAGACCCCUCUCCUAGACUGGUUUACGUAAUAUGUGAACGAUCCUAUUGGAAAACUAUCGAAUACACAUAGUAGUAACUCAGUAAGAUCCCUCCUGGCAAGCCAGGAGGGUACGGACCCCAAUAUGCGGUAGGGUCGCAGAAUCGGGGUGCCACAGUUUGUGCAGUCCCAAUAGUCGACCAUGAGAACUGUAGAAACAUAAGCUUUGCUUCCUCUAGGAGUUGAUAUACGUCCUAAUACACACAUAUUGUUUAAGCAGGGUUUUAAGCCACGUUAUUCCCAACUGCCACUUAUUUGAGAAAUGUGGGGCUUUUCGCCAUAAUCUAUAGAUUUUUUCGCUAAUGUCUUCGCUCAUGGUGAAAAUGGCGGUUUUUGAAAAUUGACGAUUUUCCAGUUACUCAAAAAAAAUUUAAAUCGAUGCCAAAAUAAGUGAUGGCGACCCCAAAAGUUUAAGGCAUGCUUAUAUUUUUAGAUGGAAUGUGAAUUGAUGUUCGAUAUUAUCUAAUUUUUUAUAGCCAGAUUUUAUGUGCGGCAAGUUAAAAAGUCUUCACUAUUCUGCUAGCUUUAAUUCCAAACCUAUCCAUAUUUUCGUUCUUAAACAAGUUUUGAAGAUGAAAAGUCUUCAUAACGAUUUUGUCUUAAAUAUACUCGGCCAGUCUUCAUAAUUUAACGUAGCUUAAUAUUUUUCACGAUAUAAAUUUUCCUUUAUUUUUGUUUUAUAGUUGCAAAGCAAUGACAUCACGCUUAAAUACACUCAUUUAAUCUUUUGGCCCUUAUUAAGUGGCUGAAUGUUUUCGUUGAGUUUGGAGUAUUCAAGCGAAUAAAGACGAAUAUUCACAUUUAAUGGUGUAUAAUAAAGUAGUAUGUAUUUGUAAUAUACCCAUAUUAUUUUA